UGCAGGAAGUAAGAGACUUUCAUUUCCUUUCCCAAGAGAAGGCAGAGGGAAGAGGGCUGAGCAACUGGUGUCCAGUUGAGAGUCGGACAUUAGGUGAGGUGGAUCUGCCAUGAGGCUGCCUGUGCUUUUCCUGGCCUUGCUGGGGCUACACGCAGCCCAGGGGACUUGGCCUCACAGGAAGGCGGCCACUCUGCUGCCAUCCUUCACGGUGACACCUACAGCUACAGAAAGCACAGCGAGCUCUGGAACAACCAGCCACAGGACUACCAAGAACCCCCACACCACCAGUCACAGCACUGCCACCCCAGGCACCACCAGCCACAGACCCACAACUGCCACUCCUACCACUGGCCAUGGAAAUGUCACGGUUCAUCCCACGACCAGCAACACCACCACCACCACCACCACCGGAACCAGCCCUGGAUUCUCCACCAGCCCCCCCCACACUGGACCACCUCCACCCCCUCCAAGUCCUAGCCCAGGCUCCAGGGAAGCCAUUGGGAACUACACGUGGACUAACGGCUCGCAGCCCUGCGUCCAACUCCAAGCCCAGAUUCAGAUCCGAAUCCUGUACCCAACCCAGGGUGGUGGACAGGCAUGGGGCAUGUCUGUGCUGAACCCCAACAGAACCAAGGCCCAGGGGGGCUGUGAGGGUCCCCGUCCCCACCUGCUGCUCUCCUUCCCCUAUGGACAGCUCAGCUUUGGAUUCAAACAGGACCCAGGGCAGGGCCAGAGCGCGGUCUACCUGAGCUACCUGGCUGUGGAGUACAACGUGUCCUUCCCCCAGGCAGCACGGUGGACAUUCUCGGCCCAGAAUUCAUCCCUUCGAGAUCUCCAGGCACCGCUGGGGCGGAGCUUCAGCUGCAGAAAUGCCAGCAUCGCCGUCUCCCCAGCUCUCCACCUUGACCUGCUCUCGCUGAGGGUCCAGGCUGCUCAGCUGCCCCGCACAGGGAUCUUCGGGCCAAGCUUCUCUUGCCCCGCUGACCACCCGUCCAUCUUGCUGCCCCUCAUCAUCGGCCUGAUCCUCGUCGGCCUCCUCGCCCUGGUGCUCGUGGCCUUCUGCAUCGCCCGGAGACGCCCGUCGGCCUACCAGGCCCUCUGAACACCGGCCCGGCCCCCAGGGCACCAGCCCUUGCCUCACCAGGCAACUGACUCGAGGGGAGGGAGGAACAAAAACGGGGGCUGUGCAGUUGGGAGGGAGGAGAGUUUUAUUACAUGUGACACUCCCAGCCCCCGGGCGACGAGCAGUGAAAACGCAGAUCUUCGUCCUGGGUUCCCCCUGUGCUGACAGGAUUAAAAGCCAUGAGUUUCUUGUCA